GGCGCGGCCGCGGGGGGAAGGGACGGACUGGUUUUUGGAGGGAUGCAGGCAGGGAUGCAGGCAGGACUUUCCUGGGGUGCCGCCGUGUCCCACCACGCUUUUACUCCCAUUCUCCUUGGGGCCCUUCUGUCCCUUAGGGCUACGGGGGAGGCCGGGGUAACCCCGUUUUGGCAGCUCGGCCGCUGGGUACCGGGAUGCUGCCUCCAUCUCCAUCCCGGGCACUCGCAUUCAGCGGAGCCAAAUCCCCCGGGAGCAGCGCAGGGGGCGGGCGGGGGGGGGGGAGGAUGCUCCAUUAUCCGGCUCCUGCCGUGUCGGAGGCAGCUGGACCGACCGUGCAUUAAUAGAUUACACAGAGGAUUUGGGCUCGCCGGCAGCAAGGGGAGCGCUCGCAGGAGGCAGCGCGGGCCAGGCCAAGGCGCUGGGCGAGCCGGGGGGGAAGGACGCAGCCCCCCGCUCCCCGCUAACACCUUUUCCAGCCAAGCCCCACAGAGCCCCCAGCUGCCGCCAUGGACGAGUGGGACCUCCCGCAGUGGAAGAAGGAGGUGGAAAGCCUGAAGUACCAGCUGGCCUACAAGCGGGAGAUGUCCUCCAAGACAAUACCCGAGUUCGUGAAAUGGAUCGAGGACGGCAUUCCAGAAGAUCCCUUCCUCAACCCGGAGCUGAUGAAAAACAACCCCUGGGUGGAGAAAGGCAAAUGCGCCAUCCUCUGAGGGGUUGCCCCCCACUGCGUCGGCCUCCCGCCCCUCACUCCCCCCCACUGAAUGUACUUUUUUAUUAGCUAGCUUCCUAAUAUGACUACCUGAACAAAAACCCUACCCUCAGCUUGUCUUAUUAUUUUUAGUGGUAGAAGCGUUUCUUUUUUAUAUGGGGGGGACACAGGGAAUACACGGGGGUGGGCAGUGUUGGGAGGGACAUGAGCGGCAAAGGUUUCCAGUCACCGCUCUCCACUCGCCUCCGCCACCGUUGCCGUCCAGCUGGCAGCUUUUUCAACUUGUAAAGGAGCAAAACUUUUAUAAAACAUUUUCACUGAUUUUAAAUAUUCUUUUGUAUACUGUAGGAUUAUCGUUUUGCAGCAGACCAGGCAAAAUAUGACAACCAAGGGUUUAUAAAUGAAAUAAACAGAACAAUACUUCAUGA